UCCCUCUCCCAGACCACGCCGUCUCCCCUUUGGCCAAGACGUACUUAAGGCUGGGGUUAGUUCUGCAUGGCACUCAGUACAAACGAAGCAUGAGCAAAGGCUAGUGAAGAUCAGAGGGAAUACUGAUGAGGACUACGAUGGUAAACAGCAGAAUCUGAGAAACCUCGUCCUUUGGCAUUUUGAUAAACUGGGAACUUUGCUCUAGAACCAGUGAACAAGGAACAAGGGCUUGGGAAACUACCUGGCUGUGAGCUCUCCAAACGACAGGAGUUCCAUGGAUCUGAUACUCUUCGUCUCCACAAUCCUCAGCUGCUGCGCUGUGAAAACUGCUCUUGGGAGCUGCCCCGAUGGAUGCCAGUGCAGAGAAAACAAAAUUGUUUGCUCUGGUCAAAUCUCAGAGUUCCCAGCCACACUGCCACCAACCACCACCACACUUUAUUUGUCCAGCACAAACAUCUUGCUGCUGAAGCCCAGCGAUUUUGAUGACAUCUUUGAGACUCUGUCCACAUUCAUCAUCAAGGAUACAGAAAUGACUCGCGUUUUGCCUGGAACAUUCAACCGCACUCAUAACCUGGUGACCCUGGCAAUUGUGGGAACCAGACUGCAAGUUCUACAUCCAGAACUAUUCCAGAACCUGGGAGCUCUGGAAUCCCUGACUUUGAGCAACAACAAAAUUCAAGACAUCAGCUCCACCUUGUUCUCCACUCUUACGAGCCUCAAGACACUUGACCUGAGCAGAAAUCUCCUCACCUCAGUUCCAGAAGGAUUGUUCAACAAACUGACCAACCUGCAAAGUCUCUCGCUGGCUAGAAACAGCAUCACUUAUGUCUCAAAGGAUUUAUUUUGCAAACAAAAGGCAUUGAGAUUCAUCAGACUCAAUCACAACAGGAUCCGAAAGAUCCCAGCUGGUUCUUUUGAUAACCUGGUGAACCUUGAGGAGCUCUCAUUACAGGAAAAUCAAGUGGAACAUCUUCCAAACUACCUGUUCUCCAACCUGCACAAACUAAAGAAGCUGUAUCUCUCCCACAACCGUUUAACCUCACUUCCCAAAGGCAUCUUCCAGAACCUUCCUAUGCUAAUGCACAUAUCUCUCUUUCAGAAUCAGCUCCAGCACCUCUCUCCUGGGGUUUUCGGUCCCAUGCCACUCCAGGAACUCUGGCUCUAUGACAACAAACUGACCCACUUAGAGGAAAAUGUGUUCAGCAACCUCACGCAUCUGCGACUCCUGGUUCUAAGCCGGAACCAAAUCUCCUCUGUGUCCAGGGGCGUGUUCAGCGGCCUGACAGAGCUGGAAGAGGUGUCUGUGCACACCAACCAUCUGGCCGAAAUUGAAGAGGGCAUCUUCAAUGGGCUACCAAAACUGCUGCAUAUCUCACUGGAGCACAAUAAAAUCCAGUCUCUUCCUGGGAAAUUGUUCCACAACCUGUCUACCUUCAGAGAGCUUGACCUUCACAACAACUCCCUGGAAAGCUUGUCACAAGAGGUUCUGGACAGCCUUCAGACAGCUGAGGUGGUGAACCUCACCCAGAACCCUUGGAGGUGUGACUUGAACAUCUUGCCCCUCAGAGAGUGGUUGAGGCUCUACCCUUCCAAGGUGGUGAAUGCCUCAACCAUGUUAUGCCUGUCCCCUCCAGUCCUGCACAACAUCAGCAUUGUUGACUUGACUGACGAGGACUUAAACCUGUUAACCAGCACAACUCUUAGUCCAACUAGUGCCAUAAUCAACUCCACCACCAUGAGCAAAACUCCUAAUUCAACACCUCACAGGAGCUACACCAGUCCUACUUCGAGCGAUGGAACUCCAACAGAGAAAGGGGACACUGACAGGGGUCAUGGGGUGGGGAACACCCUGCCCUGGGACAUGCUAAUCAGCCUCAUCGCACUGCUCUGCACAGCUGUCAUCGUCAGCAUCAUCGUUGGCUACAUCUGCAGGAGAAGAAACAGACGUUUCAGCCAAGACCUGAACCGACCAGUCAAAAAAAAUUCUCCUAUCUAGACCACUGUGACACUUUCUCCUACACCUGAACAGGAGCUGUGAACAUGAACUAGAGUAAAAACAAUAACUUUUCACCAAAUACUUUUCACGCCUUGUCCCACAUUAGCUCCUCUCUCCUAAUGAGUAACUUCUGCAGAACUGCAGCAGUCGGAUGGGUCAGUGCUGUGCUACAAUGCAGUUGUUACUUCACUCCUGAAAAUAACUAAUGCUUGCUUCAAAAUGUUAAAUAACAUUAUAACCACAUGCUACAUUAUUCAGUUUUGGUAAUUCACAUUUUUAUACUUGAAACUAAUUUCCCUAACAUUACACACAUAGUCUGAAACCACUUGUCCCAAGCGGGGUUGCAGCAAACCAGAGCCUAACCUGACAA